GAGAGAGAGACACAGAGAGAGAGAGAGAGAGAGAGAGAGGCGGAGAGGCAAAUGAAAAACUGCGUAGCCCCCACUGGUUGACACAGACGGGCAGAGAGUGAGUGAGUGAGAGAGAGAGUGAGUGAGAGAGGGAGAGAGAGAGAGCGCUGCUUGCCUUUCUGGGUCGCGUGUGAUAUCCGGAGCGUUCUGCUGCACUUUUUAUGCGAAGCGACGGCAGAUUUAAACGGCGUGCACGAGAUUUUGCGGUGCUUCUCUUCAGCAGUUCCUGCUCUUACAUGGUAACAAAGGGCUGAAGACUAGAGAUGGCAGUGUGGAUUCAGGCCCAGCAGCUGCAGGGUGAUGCCCUGCACCAGAUGCAGUCUCUCUAUGGCCAACACUUUCCCAUAGAGGUGCGACACUACCUGUCCCAGUGGAUUGAAGGGCAACUCUGGGAUGCGAUAGAUCUGGAGAACCCUCAGGAGGAAUUUAAAGCUAAGCGUUUAUUGGACAGUUUAAUUCAGGAACUACAGAAGAAGGCGGAGCAUCAAGUGGGAGAGGACGGUUUUCUCCUCAAGAUUAAACUAGGCCACUAUGCUUCACAGUUAAAGAGCACAUACGACCGCUGUCCGCUGGAGCUGGUGAGAUGCAUCAAACACAUUCUCUACACAGAGCAGAGACUCGUCAGAGAAGCUAAUAAUUCGAGCUCACCGCUGGGCGGGAUGAUAGACAGCAUGUCUCAGAAAUACCAGCAAAUCAACCAGGCCUUUGAAGAGCUGCGGAUUCUGACACAGGACACGGAGAACGACCUGCGCAAACUACAACACAACCAGGAGUACUUCAUUAUACAGUACCAGGAGAGUCUGCGAAUACAAGCUCAGCUGACAAGCCUGGCCACGUUGCCUCCCGCUGACAGACAGCUGCGAGAGCCCAGUCUCCUCAGUAAGAGAGCUACUGUGGAAGCCUGGCUUACCAGAGAGGCCAACACCCUACAGAAAUACAGACUGGGUCUGGCAGAGAAGCACCAGAAGACACUGGCCUUGUUGCGGAAACAGCAGACUGUGAUUCUGGAUGAUGAGCUGAUUCAGUGGAAGAGACGUCAGCAACUGGCUGGAAAUGGAGGACCACCAGAAGGGGGACUGGACAUUCUACAGUCAUGGUGUGAGAAGCUGGCAGAGACCAUUUGGCAGAAUCGACAGCAGAUCAGACGGGCGGAGCAUUUAAGACAGCAGCUGCCCAUCCCUGGGCCCAUAGAGGAGCUGCUCAAUGAUCUCAACAGCACCAUCACCGACAUCAUCUCAACCCUCGUCACCAGCACCUUCAUCAUAGAGAAGCAGCCUCCUCAGGUGCUGAAGACACAGACGAAGUUUGCCGCUACAGUCCGUCUACUGGUGGGGGGGAAACUCAACGUCCACAUGAACCCUCCUCAGGUCAAAGCUACCAUCAUCAGCGAGCAACAGGCCAAAGCACUGCUUAAAAAUGAAAACACCAGGAAUGACAGUAGUGGAGAAAUCCUGAAUAAUAACUGCGUGAUGGAGUAUCACCAAACCACAGGCACUCUGAGCGCACACUUCAGGAACAUGUCUCUGAAGAGGAUCAAGCGUUCAGACCGCCGAGGGGCAGAGUCUGUAACCGAGGAAAAGUUCACCAUCUUGUUUGAGUCACAGUUUAGUGUUGGGGGCAAUGAGCUAGUUUUUCAGGUCAAGACGCUAUCCUUGCCUGUAGUGGUGAUUGUCCAUGGAAGUCAAGAUAACAAUGCUACAGCUACAGUCCUGUGGGACAAUGCUUUUGCUGAACCGGGCCGGGUACCUUUCAUAGUGCCAGAUAAGGUGCUGUGGCCACAGCUGUGUGAUGCUCUCAAUAUGAAGUACAGGGCGGAGGUGCAGUCAAACAGAGGCUUAUCUGAGGAGAACCUGGUGUUCCUCGCUCAGAAAGCCUUCAGCAGCUCCAGCUCCAACCCUGAGGACUACCGCAGCAUGACUAUGACCUGGUCCCAGUUUAACAGGGAGAGCCUGCCAGGCAGGAACUUCACGUUCUGGCAGUGGUUUGACGGUGUCAUGGAGCUCACUAAAAAACACCUGAAGCCUCACUGGAACGAUGGGGCUAUCCUGGGCUUUGUGAAUAAGCAGCAGGCUCAGGACAUGCUGAUGUCCAAACCUAACGGAACGUUCCUGUUGCGAUUCAGUGACUCAGAGAUAGGGGGCAUCACCAUCGCAUGGGUGGCAGAAAACCCUAACAAAGCAGGGGAGAGAAUGGUGUGGAACCUCAUGCCCUAUACAACCAAAGACUUCUCUAUCCGCUCUCUUUCUGACCGUAUCAGUGACCUGAACCACCUGCUGUUCCUGUACCCUGACCGGCCCAAAGAUGAGGUUUUCUCCAAAUACUACACACCUCCUCUCUCGAAAGCCGUGGACGGCUAUGUCAAACCGCAGAUCAAACAAGUAGUGCCAGAGUUUGCAACGCCUAAUCCUGACCCCGCAGCAAACCCCACCUACAUGGAUCACGCAGCAUCACCGGCCGUCAGUCACCCAUCAAACUACGGCAUUUAUCCAGCCAUGGGUGACAGUAUGCUGGAUAACGAUGGUGAUUUUGAUCUGGACGACACCAUGGAUGUAGCAAGGCAUGUGGAGGAGCUGCUUCGCCGACCGAUGGACGGCCAGUGGAGCGGCCAGCAGUCAUGACCUCUCAACCUUAGACCUCUCUCCCUCAGUGAUGGUUUAUUCUAUUCAUCUCUACUGCCCUCCUUCUCCUCCUCCUAAUCCCUCCCUCCUUCCUUUCCCUCCUCUCUUCAUUUCAUCCCUAAUGUGAACAAGUUCAGUGAUGGAUAUGGCUUCUUGUACUGGUUGUUUUUCUCUCAUUCUCUCUUUCUCCUCUUGUGCUCUGUCACUUUUUUUUUCUCCGCAUGUGAGCCGCAUACAGAGACGAAGCAGAUUGUUUUCUCUUUUCCCCUUCACAUGUGUGAAAGAGAAAAGAAAUUAAAAAAUAGCACCAAACAGUAUUGUGAGAAAAAAACUCUCGUAACACGCAUGUGUUCUCCUCUCUUUGUCGUUUUAUGGUUUUAUUUUGAAAUGCAGUUGUCUGAAGUAGCGCCAUGAAAAAAGCCCAAAAUAGAACUGUACUACUGUAAGAAGGUGUUUUAUUUUCAGAUUGUUGUUUUUUUUCUGUCUUUUAUUUUAUAUUGUGUCCGGAUUAUUUUGCAUCGAAAGUUCAUGCGUUCGAACCCAUUGCACUCUGGAACAAAUGCAUAUUUGUGGGGAAGAUGAAAUCACUGUUACCAUGGUGAUUGUAAUGUAUGUCUCUAUACACUAAAGCGCAUUUCGGUUGCAACAGAGCUAUUGAUAGUCAGUACGUCUGCAAAGGUCCCUGAAAAGACUGGACAGAUUUUCUUUAUGUCUGAGUUCAUAAAACACACACAUUCAUGCACAAAUACACUCACAGACUUCAUUUAUAUACACAGGUGUCUACAUAGAUUGAAAACACACACACAAACACACUGCCACCUCCCUCCCUUUCUGUUUCCCCAGCUGUAUAAGGGUGCGGUGCGUAGAUUUGUACUGGGCAAUUUGUUAUCUGUUCUGCAUCAGAAACCCACUGUGUUAUAAAGCAUGAUGUACUCUUUUUUUGCACUGCAGAAAGUACAGCACUGUGCAAAAGUCAGAGACCACCCUUCACUAGUUACAUCUCCAGUCAAAACAGUCAUUACGUGCAAGUUUUCAGGAGAUGUUUUUGAUGAGAUUAGAUAAUAAGAUAAUCCAUUUACAUAAAGAAAGAGAAAAUCAAAGAAAAAGUUUCCAAAACUUGAGUUCAUGCAAGACAAUGCAAGACCUGGUGGACUACCGAAACUGUCCUCAUCAAAUAACCAGCACUUAAAGCUUUCAACUUUAAAAGAUACUGGAAAAACCUCAUCAAGCUCCACUUUUGCUUCAGAUCUGAUAAAAAAAAAGGUGUUUCUGUCCAUCCUUCCACUGUAAGAAGACAACUCAGCAAUAUGAGUCUAAAAGGAUGUGUAGCUGUCAAGAAGCUUUUACUGAGAAAAAGAAAGAAGGAAAUUUGCAAAUCAGACAAAGAGGCUGCUAGUGUUCUCAGAACUAUAGACUGACCACCCCAGAGUCCAGAACAUCACUGAAAGUGUUUGGGAUUACUUGGAUCAGCAGAAAAUGCAGCUUCUAAGACUGAACUUUGGAAUUUGUGAAAAACUAUCUCUGCAGAUUUUUUUGAAAAACUGAUAUUGGGUCUCCUGAAGAGACUGGAAUCUGUUAUAAAGACAGUGGACACACUAAAUACUGAGACAUUUGAUAUUGUAUUUAGUUGUUGAGGUGAAUUUUCUAUAUGUAUUUUUUUGCUUUUUUCCUGACACUGAAAAGUGAAUAGCUUGUGCUUAAUAGCCAUUUUGAUUGGAAGUUAAAUAAAUGAGGGGAGGUCCCUGACUUUUAUACACUACUGUAUGUCUAAUGUAUGAAAUAAUUUGGUCACAACCCUCUGUAGAUUGUCUAGAGAUGCUUACAUUGUUAGGUUUAAGAUUGGGUUUUAGGUUUUAGGUUCAACUUAAUGUUAAGGUUUGGUUUAGAUUUAGAUUUAGCAGAAUCUUAUCUUCAGCUUUCAGUUGCGUGUAAUAAAUAUUUCAGUGUUAAAGACGAGCUGAGCAUCUACAAAGUGUCUACCGUAGACUCUCAAAACAAAGUGUUACCACUUUGUAGAAAUCCCAUAAGAUUAUUCUAUCUGUUUAUAUAAUUUGUAGUUAUUUUAACCCUUUAAAUGGCCAGGGCCUACUCGUGGGCCCAAACUUUUAUCACACACUUCUAUAUUCUAUUAGCUCAGCCAGUUUACAUUGAGGUCCUUGUAAUUACUGAAUAAUAACCCUUAGUAUGUAAUAAUCCUGGGAUUAUAAGGGGUUAAGUAAUUUCAUCAAGUGAAAUGAUAUUUUUGUGUUAGCUUGUUUAAAAAAAGGAAGUGAAAUGAUCUCCCAGGACAGUAAAAUCAUUCCUCGUAAUAAAAUAAAAAGUACUAAAAAGUUUGGAUGCAGAUGAAAUAAUCGAAUAGUAUUUUUACAGCCGUCUCAUAAUGAGAAGUGUUAGAUGUAUUGAUUACGCUCAAGAUGUUUCCAUUCUUUGCAGUGUGGAUGAUGCUACACUACGUUAGCCCUGGCUUUAUCCAGAGCAACAGGUGAAGUCUGCCAUGCCAUAUAUGGCACACUGAGCAUGUGCGAAACGAGAGCACCUGUUGUCAUGGUGACGUAUGCUGCUCUAAUGCUGUAGACUGUGUCCAGUUACCAUCUUAUAGCUUUAGAACAGAUAGAUGUGUACGCACCCUCCCUUAUUAGACCUCCCCCACUCUCUCUCUCUCUCGCUCUGUCUCUCCCCCCAUCAUGCUCUCUUACUGCACUGAAACAAGUGAUGCAUUGUAUUUUCACAUUCACAUCAUUUCCAUGUGAAUAAAAUAUAAUACAUCAACACAGUUUUGUUUUAUAGUUUACCUACUUUUGGCAAUAAUUGUGUUGAUAUGAUACGUUAUUUAUGUGGAAAUGAUGUAAAUUCAGUGCAUUACUUUGUUUCUUCUUUUGCACAUACACACGCACACACACACACACACACACAAAUAUACACGCUCAGGACAGUUAAAAACAGUGGAUGUAUCAUUCAGGCUAAAGAAACUAACAGGCAGAAGAGAAGAUCUAUAUUCAGUAUAAAUAUAUAUGAAUUUAUUUUCUUUAACAUAAUUCUAUUUUAUUACUGUGGAAGCUCUAUGGCACCGUCCCUCUAUGCUCUGUGUACUGUGAAUGCUACAUAAACACUUCAGGCCUUGGUAGAUGAAGCCCCUAGAUGUUGACCUGAAUCUCAAAGCCAGAUAGUAGCUAUUACAUGAAGAAAAGAGAAAAACAAAAACAGAUCUUCAGCAUCGGAGGGCUUUUGCUACCAACACUGCAGUCUUGCUUUAACUAGGGGUGGGCGAUAUGACGAUAUGUUAUCAUAUCGUGAUAAAUUACGCAUUACAGGUAGCAUCUGUGUUUCGAGAACAUUAAACUAUUAAUUCAAAUCAGAACUUUACGCUGUCCAUGCUCUUCCCACCAAUGUGUUCUUUCAUAGCAACCUUUGUUAGGUUGGAUAAGCUUCACAGAUCCCAUUCAGCCUAAUGAGAAACUCUAAACCUGCAAUGUGUGUUUUUCAUUUCAAAAGAUAUUUAUUUUGCAUGCACAUCUCCGAUUAGCUGCAACAUACACCAGCUGAUUAGUGUAGCAUUUUAAACUGGAAACCCAAUGUUAUGUAGCGACUCUAAACAAGCUAAAUUCAUUCUGUUGAAUGGGAUUUUAGCUAAAGUCUGUAAAGCUUCUCGCAACAGUUGCUAUGAAAGAAUGCAUUAGUGGGCAGAGCAUGGAUUGUUAAUAAUUAAACUGCAUAUAAACAAGUAGCUGAUUGGAUGUCAUUAUUUAUUUGUUUCUAGCUGUGGGCUUUUCCCUCUUUCCCUUCUUACAGUGAAGAAAAUAAACGUGAUUGAUUGUCAUACAGCGUUUUUCAGUGUUGCAAUGGUUCCAACUCGUUUGGAAAAACUAAAUAACCUGAUGCAUUUCGUAUAUCGUGAAAAGUAUCACAAUAUUACUUUGGCCAUAUUGCCCACCUCUAGCUUUAACCCACAGCCAAGCUGUUGCAUGAAUGAAAAAGCCAUAUGAUAAGCGCGGACGCCACUGUGCUUCAUGUGUUUCCCGCAGACAUUACUAAUCAACAAAAUAGUUUGAUUCCUCUCAGUGUAGUUUGGUUUCCUUUGAACUUUUCCUGUUUUUUUCGACCCCCUCCCUCAUUCUCCUCUAGAACAGAGGAGAGUCUGAAGAUAACGUCAGAAGUCGUGCGAUUUUUCUUUUGCUUCUUCGUCUCCUUUUUUUUUUAUUGUUUUCAUUUUGUUUUGUUUUUGCUGUUGUUCUUUUUUUUCUAGACUCUGGUCUUGUCACUCAGUAGUCUGUCUUUCACACUGUAGGUGGUAAUGUAUAUGUGUGUUGGUGUGUAUGUGUGUCUAUGAGUAUGUGUGUGUGUGUGUGUGUAUGUGUGUGUAAGUAUGUGUGCGUGUGUGUUUGUGUUCGGCCUCGUCUCGUGUUUUUGUCACAUGUUUUUGGUUUGGUUUUAGUGCUUGGAUAUGUGUUCUAAAAGAAGAGCAAUUGAAUUGAAAAUAAAGUUUUAUAAAUAAUUUGAACUGAAUCACA